CCCAUAUAAGGCACACCGCCCAACUCCAUAUAAGGUCAUGCUGCCCCGCCCUCCAUUGUGAGGUCAUGCCCGCGCGCAGUAUAAAUACCACGCGCACGCACCCAUGGCCAGUAGCAGACGCUGUCUCCACCCCUGUGCGACUGGGACGGAAGGCAGCAGACGCUACAGGGUCAGGGGCUGCCGCCCCUCGCAGACCCAGCGAAGGUGACCGUCAGUGGCCAACGGCCACAGCAGUCACAGCACAACAAACUCUCUUCUCGUACCCGUGGCCAUGGUGCGGGACGUUGCAGGCCGGGGACUGACGGGGCCCAGCCGCCCCGCGCCCCGACGGGGCCCAGCGCAGCUCCCUGGCAAACCUGCGCAGCAGGAGGAGCGCCAGCAGGAGCUGCAGGCACUGCGGGCCAAACUGGAUGGCGAGCGGCUCCACAACCAGGAGCUGCAGCGCCACUUCGCCGCUAAGAUUUCCAAGAUGAAGGAGGCGGCGGAGAGGGAGCGGCAGCUGAUGGUCCAGCAGCUGCAGUGUGAGUGGGAGAAGCAGCAGGCCCUCGACAAACAGCGGCUGCGGGAGCAGCAGCGGCAGCAGCGCGCAGCGGAGACCCGGCUGCUGCUGCGUUGGGAGGAGGCCGAGCUGCAGGCGGCGCAGGAGCUGCUGCAGCAGGAGCGCGACGCUGCCCUGCACCAAGCACGGGAGCUGCAGCGGCAGCUGGCCGACGAGCUGCGAAGGCCCUGCAGGAGCAACAGGGCGGCCCACGCCAAGCUCCAGGAUGUCCUCGAGGAGCUGCGCUGGGAGACGCACGGGGACCAGCCCGCCCGCAUCCGCUACCUCCAGCGUGAGCUGGAGCUGGAGAAGAAGUUGUUCAUCAACUACAUCGUGGCGGGCUUCGAGGGAGAGCAAGAGGACAGCCAGGGGACGAAGGGCCGAGAAGACAGAGAAGGGCCCUGGGGCAAGGCGGAGCCAAAGAAACCAACACAGGCUCCGUCCUCCCAGAACACACCUCAGCAGGGAGCCAAGGAAAGCUGCAGCACAGAGCAGGGCAGCAGCCGCCACCCUGUGAAGGACGCUCACGUCCAGGUGCCAGAGCCUUCCGACGAAGACCUGGUGCUGCCUGGCAGCACGUGCCCCUGGAUGAUGGAGCAGCACACCCGCCUCCAGCGAGCCCUGAGCGACCUGAAGAGGCUACGCCAGGUCCUGGAGGCAAAGAAAUGCCUCCUGGGAGAGGGAAGCACCAAGGAACCAUGCCAGGAGGUACAGAAGCUCCAGGAAGCCAAAGAAAAACUGGUGGUGCUUACCGAGCGGCUGGAGGAGAAAUGCAGAUCCCUGCAGGAGACCAUCCGCCAGGCCAGCAAGACUCCAGGGCCUCUGCCCAGCCAGAGCUCCGCCGAGGCGCCGCCGCCUUGCGAGAGUGCCCCCAGCCCAAGCGAGGAGGUGCUGGUUGCCCAGCUCACGCAGCUGAGCAAGGAGAACAAGAGACUGGAAGAAGAAAAUUCUCGCCUCCGAGGGCAGGUGGACGCAGCGAUGGAAGUCCAAGCUGAAAGUGCUGACCUGAAGAGGCAGCUACAGCAAGUGGCAAAGGAGCAAAAAUCUGCCCUGCAACAGGUCAGCAAGCUUCAGGCCCAACUGCAAGAGGCAGAGCGCCAGCUGAAAGCGCUCAAGCAAAUUGCAGACAGAGGGCCACAGCUGGAGAGAGAACACCUGGAGACACAGCUAGCGCUCCAGAAGGAAGAGCAGGAGCUCGAGAGCUUGCGGAGGGCUCAGGCAGAAGGGAAGAGGCAGCACGAGGAAGCCUCGCAAAUGUUACGAGCCCAGGUGGCUGAGCUGGAAGAUCGGUGCCACCACCAAACUGAACAACUCCAGCUGCUCGCUGAGGAACUGCAGCGGCUGAAAAACGAGCAAUCCAGCCCUGCCAUUACCCAUCUGCCACAGUUACCAUCUACCACAGAUACCACCCACACAGUCACCUCCAAAUCCGAGUCGGCAGAGGACAGCCCAGGGCCCUGCCUUCCUUCAGAGGAGGACGCUGCAGAUGAGACCCAAGAAGCAGAAACGCAGCAACAGUCCUUCAUCCUGCAGGUUCCAGUGGGACAAGGACCACUAAGGAUUCGGAAAUUCCUAGCUCGGUACAGCUAUGACCCUGCUGAUAGUCCCAACGAGCAUCCGGAGCUAGAGCUUCCCCUCACCGCAGGACAGUUUGUUUAUGUCGUUGGGGAGAUGGAUGAGGAUGGCUGGUAUAUAGGAGAGCGGACGGACGGCAGAAGAGGGUUCGUCCCCUCCAAUUUGGUGGAAGAAGUUUUCGAUGACCCCGUCUUGAUGCCAGUGCCUCCAGAGCUAAGGGAUCUCCUUCUGGACACAGAUGAUGAGGAGAGUUCCACCGACAGCUGCAGCAGCAGUGAGGAAGCCGGGGAUGAUCUGGACAAAGAAAUCUGUCCCGGUGUGCUGGCUGAAGAGGCCCUUACAGAAGACUUCCUGGAGGAGCUGUGUGAUGGGCCAAUCUGUCCCGGUGUGCUGGCUGAAGAGGCCCUUACAGAAGACUUCCUGGAGGAGCUGUGUGAUGGGCCAAAAGAGGAAGAAGAAACCUCCAGCACAGGAAACAGUUAUUCCAGCUACCCUUUCUGUCUGUCACUCGAUUUGGAGGAGGAGGAGAAAGAAGAUCAGGGUGGGGGUGCCGAGGGCUUCAAAAAUCAAUAAAGUGUGGCUAAUGAUGA